GGCAGCAGGAAGCCAAGCACGGGGACCCCCAGGCCGGGGUGCCGGGUGGGCUCUGCCUCGGGCUCCCCUCCAGCGGCUGGGGCACCGCGAUCGCAAGCUGCGCAGGGAGAGCAGAGGGAGCUUGGCUGCUGGAGAAUGGCAGCAGGAUUUAACUAGGAGGGCACGGAAAACUGGGAGAGAACACACGGGAGCUGAGGGAACUGCGGGAGACGAGAGCGGCUUCUCAGCACCGUUGCCCGGCCUGUGAAGCAACAUGAGUCACAAGGGAUCCCUCAGCAGCAACCCCGGCUCAUCCAAUGGCAGCAUGGGCAAAGCUGACGGAGCCUCCAAGCUGAGCGCAAAGGACCUGUACGAACAAAGGAAAAAAUACUCCAAUUCCAACAUCAUUAUGCACGAGACUUCCCAGUACCACGUCCAGCACUUGGCCACCUUCAUCAUGGACAAGAGCGAGUCCAUCAUGACGGUGGACGAUGCCAUCCGGAAGCUCAUCCUGCUCAACUCCAAAGAGAAAAUCUGGACACAGGAAAUGCUGCUGCAAGUGAACGACAAGUCCAUCCGGCUGCUGGACUGCGAGACAAAGGAGGAGCUGGAGGACUUCCCUCUGCCGACAGUGCAGCACUGCCAGACGGUGCUCAACCAGAUGCGCUAUUCCUCCAUCCUGCUCCUGGUGUGCCAGGAUUCAGAGCAGCACAAACCUGACAUCCACUUCUUCAACUGUGAUGAGGUGGAGGCGGAGCUGGUUCAUGAGGACAUAGAAAGUGCCCUGUCAGACCACAAGCAUGGGAAGAAGAUACGGCCACAGACACUCAAGGCAAACCAAGAAAAGAUCAAGCAGAGACAAUCCAUCCUCCCCCCGCCGCAAGGGCCGGCUCCCAUCCCAAUCCAGCACGACAUGCGAGGCUCAGGGAUGAACAGGAACAGGGUGGCACCUCCUUCCCAGCAUGAUCCAGACUAUGAUCGACGAAGCUCCGGCUCUCAUGACCACGAAGAGUCCCGGGCCAUGUUAGCACAGAAGAUUGAAAAGGAAACGCAAAUCCUGAACUGCACUCUGGAUGACAUCGAAGUGUUCGUCGCCCAGCUGCAGAAGGCAGCAGAGGCAUUCCGACAGCUCAACCAGAGGAAGAAAGGGAAGAAGAACAAGAAGAAAGGGCCGGCAGAGGGAAUGCUGACUCUCCGAGCAAGACCCCCGAGUGAGGCCGAGUUCAUCGACUGCUUCCAGAAAACCAAACUGGCUUUUAACCUCUUGGCCAAACUAAGGAAGCAUAUCCAGAACCCCAGCGCUUCGGAGUUGGUACAUUUCCUGUUUGGACCGCUGGAACUGAUCAUCAACAGCUGUGGUGGCCCCGAGCUUGCCCGCUCUGUCGUCAGCCCACUUCUUUCUAAAGACGCCACAGAUUUCCUCAGAGGACACCUGACACCCAAAGAGAUCAACCUCUGGGAUUCCCUGGGGGAGACGUGGACCAGAUCCAGAGCCGAGUGGCCCCGAGACGCAAACAUCCCCACCUACAUCCCCAAAUUCCGCAACGGCUGGGAACCACCCACAGAAAUCUUCCGUGGAGCUCCCUGGGAAAUAGACAUCGGACACCUGCAGGAGGAGCUCUCCUCAGCCAACGGAUAUCCCUACCGGAACUCCUCGCUCAAGCGUGGCCAGGCGGCCGACCAGACACAAGCCGUGGAUGCCUUCAAGCAGAACGUCACCCAGCACGUGAACAGGAACUUUGAGGCCCAGGGAAUGGCUCUGCCCAAGAGAUAUGCCAAAAUCCGCUACGACUUCACCGCGCGGAACGCCAACGAGCUCUCCGUGCUGAAGGAUGAAAUCCUGGAGGUGCUGGAAGAUAACAAGCAGUGGUGGAAGUUGCUCAACCGGAGCGGGCAGGCCGGUUACGUCCCGUAUAAUAUCCUGGAUGUGGUGAAGCUGGAAGAGGUGGAACAGUCUAACCAGAGGUACAAAGGAGACCUGAGCCCCAGGGGCUACGGACCAUCCAGCCCAACUCACAAGCUGCCUGCGAGCUACGCCGGGGACAAGUGGGGCAGUGAGAUGUUAUCGCGCAACUCUCCCCAGGACGCCAAAGAACAACUUAUUCACCAAAUGGAUGAGCUGAAUGACGAGCUGCUAAAGAAGAUCACAAACAAUAAAAUUCAGCCUCCCCACAGGAAUUUCAAAGUGGAAAAGCCUCAGGAAGUUUUUGUGCCCCUCACCUUCGAAUCCAGCACCGAAGAAGUCAAAGCUUGGCUGGAGGCAAAGUCAUUCAGCAAAGAGACAGUGGAACACCUUGGCAUCCUCACUGGAGCUCAGCUCUUCUCCCUCAACAGAGAGGAGCUGAAGAAGGUGUGUGGCGAUGAGGGAAACAGAGUAUACAGCAAGAUCACAGUGGAGAAAAACCAACUGGAGAAAAGCAGAGGGGAGUCAGAGCUCCAAGAAAUCAUGAAGCGCCGCCAGGAGAGGAUUGAUUCCGCUAAUUAAACCCUGUCUGCUUUAUUUCAGCUCUUAGUUCUAGUAGUGCAGAGAAAAAGGGAAUGAAAGCAAUGAUCCCCUGGCCAGGCAGGAGACAGCAGUGCUGCACUUUGGGUCUGGCUGCCAGCAGAGUGACAAUUCCUCGAACACUGUUGAUAAGGGUUGACAAUAAGACCAUGUCCCUCUGGGAAAGGUGUUUUAAUAUUGCAUGAAGUAUUUUUUUUAUAACUAUGUAUUUUAUACUGAAAUUUUACGUGCAUGCGGUCAGAGCGGGACUCACACGGGUCUGGAUGAACGACAAGGGCCGGAGUCAAGCAAAAAGAGACCUCACAAAGCUUUUGUCUGAGAGCUGUCCCUGCUCCCACCCCCUCUCCAGCAUGGCUCGGGAAGAGCAGGCACGGAACAGCACUGACUGUUUAGAGGCUGGACCAUGGGAAUAAGGCUCUUCCUAAAAUCCUGGAAUGGUUUGGGUUGGAAAAGACCUUAAAGCUCAUCCUGUUCCAACCCCUGCCAUGGGCAGGGACACC